AUGAAGAUUACCGGAAACAAACGGCAACACGAUAACAUUGAGAAUUUCGUUAGAAACAACGCAAGCAUGAUGGCAAAACACGCUGAAGAGAACCCUAAUGCGGCCAAGAGGUAUCGAAGUAUCUACAAGUGUAAAGAUUGCAAUAAGGAGUAUAAUAGCUUUCAAGCAUUGGGCGGACACAGAGCCGCCCACAAGAAUAUUAGAAUAGAGACAGGGCUAGAUGGUAUCCUGUCUCUAGAAAACCGUUCCAAAAUUAAACUGCAUUACUGUAAUGUUUGUGGGAAGGGGUUUCCGAUUGGACAAGCAUUAGGAGGACACAAGCGGAUGCAUUAUAAUCGGAAAAAUACUGAUGAUCAUGACAAGGUUGAAUUGAGCGAGGAAGGAGUUGAUAGUAAAGCGAUUGUGCCAUAUAAUAAUCCCUCGGAUUCUUCUUCUUCUUCAACGAUUGCAAGUAAUUCGAAGAGCAAGGAAGUUUUUGAAUUCGAUCUAAACUUGACACCUUAUGAGAAUGAAUCAGUAAAUCUUGGUCUUCAAUUACAGGUUAAUUCUUCUUAG